UCGUCAGUUCGUCCCUCCCUCCCUUGUGCUGUGCCAUCCCGAAACGUAACUGAAAAAUGGCGAGCGUGACCUCGAGGUGCUCCGGCCUCCUCCUCCCGGACCUGCAGCCGGGCCUCGCGGGACUUCGCAGCCGCUCGCGUCCGCCUUCUUCGCCCCGCGUCAGUCUGCGCGGGGGCCGUCGCCGGCCGAGAACCCUGUCCUGCGUCGCGCCGCCCGACUCCGCGGAGCCGAAGACGGACGAGCAGAACGUCAAAGCUGAGCUGGGUGAAGAAAAACCUCAGCCAAGCAUCAGCAGCAGCAGCAGCACGCCUCAGGAGGCUGCUGCAGAGCCACCUGUUCCGGACAGGGGUCUCAACCGAAGGAUAGCUGUGCUCACCACUCUUGCUGCGGUGGGCCUAUUUGGAUCUCAGAGGCUCCAGCUUGGCGGGUUUUCUCUCAAAGAUCUUGCUGCCAAUGCUGUGCCAUACGAAGAGGCUCUCUCAAAUGGCAAGCCCACUGUUGUCGAAUUUUACGCAGACUGGUGUGAAGUUUGUCGAGAGUUAGCUCCCGAUAUUUACAAAAUUGAGCAACAGUACAAGGACCGUAUCAACUUUGUCAUGUUGAAUGUCGACAAUACAAAGUGGGAACAAGAGCUUGAUGAGUUUGGGGUAGAAGGUAUUCCUCAUUUCGCCUUUCUGGAUAAGGAAGGAAAUGAGGAAGGCAAUGUUGUUGGGAAACUUCCAAGACAAUAUUUUCUCGACAAUGUGGUUUCUCUGGCUUCUGGUGAUCCAACAAUACCUCAUGCACGAGCCGUUGGUCAAUACUCGAGCGCAGAAUUCAGAAAAGUCCAUCAAGUUGCUGAUCCCAGAAGUCAUGGCUAGUAAUAGCUCUUCGUCGCUACCAGUUUCAGCAUAAUGCCAAGACUCAUGGACAAGAUGCCAAUAUAGGUUACGCAUUUGAGUCUUGGAGCCAAGAAGUGGGCGUUAGGCAGAGCUGACCGAGUGCAGAAAUCACAUUUAAAAGAACAACAGGAUCAGUGCUUCGUGUAUAUGAUUGUGGCAUUGUGCAAGUGGAUUUCUGAUUCAGGCGUUUGGCUAGAACAGUGAGCUGCUAGUGACUACGAGAAUCAGUGUAUUGUGUACAGUUGAAACAGAUGUAUGCUACGGCCACGAGAAUGUACUGGUGUUAGUAAACAUUUUUUAAUACAGUACAGUAGUAAAACUUAUUGGUAUUUAUCUUUUUGCAAGGAGGCUCCAAGAAUUGGUACGAUAUCGUA